AUGUCGGCUUCUCAUCCCUGGCAGCAGGCAUUCGAAGCCGCCAAAAAGGCAUUCAAGCAGAGUUUGAAAGACGAGAACUUGUUUGGAAAACUGCUCGCAACCACCAGCAUAGAGCAGGUCUACGAAGCCGUACAAGAUAUCCAGGCAAGCGCUCAUGUCAAGCCGGAUAUACUGGCACUGAUUUGGGGACCUAUUCGUUUAUUGGUAGUAUGGACGAGCAGUAUCACAAAGUUUGCCGAUGCUGUCACCGAUGCCAUGGAAAAGAUUGGUGACGCGCUGCCACAUGCUCUGAGGUCGGCCAACAUAUUUAACGACAAUGACAAGUUGAAGGCACUUCUGGAAUUAUUUUACGGGGACAUCCUCGACUUCUACAUAAUUGCCUUGAAAUUCUUUAGUUUAUCUCGUAAGUACAUUCGCUCGUCAGCUUCAAAUAUCAGCAACAUCAAACGGCAUACAACUCUGAUGAGGAGCGAGGUGACAAUGCAGCACAUAAGUGCAGAGCACGAAUUUCGAGACAAGUGUUUGGCACAUUUUGAUCACGAGACAGAUUUCCAAGAGCUACAAAGGUUCCAGACACUCAAGAUUCGCGUCUCCCCUCGGAUCUAUGACGAUCGACUGGACUGGUUGCUGAAUCGAUCGUCCAAAAAUUCAGCCGAGUGGCUUGCUGCCGACAAUAUUUUUCGAGGAUGGCUCGACCAUCUCCAACUCAGCUGCAAAACCUUUCUCUCUGCAGCUGCCAUCGACGAGGCUAAGACACGCCACCGAACACUUUUUGUAUUUGUGAGCCACAUCUAUCAAAACAGCACUACAGCCAGAUCCAUUCUCCAGUCACUGCUCUUCCAGUUGGCGUUUGACGUCAAGGAUGCCCAGUCUCUCCUAGUCGAAUCAAACGAACGAGAACUGCUCGGCAGCACUAGACACGUCCUAGGGUUGCUUAGAACGCUCCUUGGUACUCCUACUGCUGGGCCAACGUAUAUUAUUCUCGAUGGGCUGGACGAGAUGGAGGUUGUCGAACGCGGGAUAUUGUUACAGCAACUGACUGACUUGGAAAGCUGUCCCGAGUUAAAGAUACUCAUCAGUAGUCGGCGUGAGGAUGACAUUGCUAGUAUUUUAGGCGCUAAAGCCACCGAAAUCAGGGUGGAUAAGAGAAAUUCCGACAGUAUCCAGGCAUAUAUCAACCAGAGGACUCAGAACUGGAUACGGACUGCGAACUUCGAGCAAGAAAUACGAAAUCGAGUCGAGCGUCUGCUAGCACCCGUAGCUAAAAACGCGAACGGUAAGUGA